AUGGGCGGAGGGGAGAUUUCUAGAGGCAACCCUGGGUCCGCGGGCGGCUCACCGCCCCCACAAGUGCUGGACCAGCACAAGUGGCUUGACAAGCGCAUGAAAAAGACAAAGGAAUCCAAUCAAGGCGAUGCGACCGACCACCCCGUGGUUGGCUACACGUUUCGAGGAGAGAGGCAAGCGGCUUGGGCAAACGUCGGAGUCGGCAUCUUCUGGAGAAGCUCAAUAACGGGACGAUCGAUGAUCGUCGACUUGAUGUACACGGCCUGGGUCGGAGCCGACCAGCAAUUGGCCGUCCCUCGCGAGCCCUUGCGGAGAUGGCCGAGAGAGGUUCGACCUGCCGCCGAAGAUGGACAGGGUGGCACAAUGGCCGUCGAGGUCAGCGCCGACUGCGAUGUGACGAACAUCAUUGAGUACAACGCCCAGGGACUCGGACCUGCUGCACGUGUGGUUGGCCAAGAACAUGCUCAUGUGCGAGCGAGUGUCUGUGCAUUUCUGGCGCGGGUGUGGCCCGGGGCACCAUGUCCAUGUGGGACGCCGUCGCCAAACAACAACGCCGCGCGGUCCUGA